UGACGAGCUACACCCACAGCUGCUAGCCACCGCGGCUGUUUACUUUUGUGUCCACUAAUAAAGGAUCGUUAUAUUUCCUCAUCUCGCCUGCCAACUUUUUGUUACAGCGCAAGAGCCUGGUUGUAACAUAUGGGGCGGAGUAUGUUGUGUAGCGGAGAGGAACUUAACACACAGCUAGCGGGUGUGGCAGCGGGCCAUGAUGGAGCGCACAACUGAUUGUUUGGGAGUAGCCAUGAAGAGGUUAAAACGGCUGCUGGUGUCCAGACAGAAGUUUAAGGAGGAGGAGCAGAGGAGGGAGGAAGCUGAGAGGAACGUUCACAUCCUGGAGGAGCAGCAGAGGAGGGAGGAAGCUGAGAGGAACGUUCACAUCCUGGAGGAGAAGCUGCAGAAAAAGGUUCUGAUGGUCCCAGAGAAGAAGACCAGCAGAGAGGACGCUGAGAAAGACCUGAAGCACACAGUUCCUCCCAGUGCUUCAUCUCCUUCAUAUGGUGUCUCCAAGGGCAACCAGCAACCCCAUGAGAAGAAGCGGAGGGGAAAGGAAGCUUGGGGAUUUGCAAAGAAGUUUCAGCUAGGAAGAUGUGAAGAGUUUUAUAAUUCUCAAUCUGUGGAACCACACCGCAGCCGUGCCGUGUUUAACCACGCCAGAACCCCUCGUACAGGAUUCAAUAUUGAGGUCCGCCAACAGGGCAUCUGUAUCCGUCUGAAAAACAGUACGACUGAGGACAAACUUCUGGGAGACGCGGAGUUACAUCUGCAGGUUAACGACAACAAAACCUGCAUGUACACAUUUGAUCGAUCUUUCAAACUCAAGGCUGGAAGAUUUGUCACUAUGUGGGCAGCAGGUUAUGGUCCCAAUCGUUCUAACACUGAGCUGGAGUGGAAGGACCUGAAGCCCUGGAAGACCGGAGACAGACUGUGGUUCACCAUCAAUUCAUUCUGGUUGUAACAUAACCUCACAUAUUUAACUACCCUCCUUUCUGAUGUCAUUGUGCUUAUCUUACCCUGCAUCUAUCAACAGGGGCAAAUAUACUUCUGCUCACUGUCUGCCUAGCAACACAUAGCUGGAGUUGUAUUUGAACUUGCCCCCGUUUUGUGAAGACGAUGUGUGAAGGGACGGAGCAGAUUUAUCGGCAGAUUAACAGCAAAAAGACAUGAAAGAAAGUUACAACAUUAUAACAUAUCUGAACAUUACUCACAGGAAUAGAAAGACUCAGACGGCGUAUAUUGCCUACAUAUAAUUCACUAUUCAAGUCUAUGUAGUUAAGAUGUAAAAAUGUGUUUUAUUUUUGUAUUUACAUGAUGCUCAUGUACACUUUUGAUAUUUGCUUACGGCCAUGUUAACUUUAAAUAUGUUUUUAAUGUUCCGUGAGAGAUAAUGUUUAAUUUGAAGGUGAUAUGUUUUAAUUAUAUUUCUGCACCAACUGAGCCAUCUGGUUCUGGGACGGGCUCCAAAAACACUUUGUUUUAGUUUCACUGAAGAUGACGAAAUGGGGUUUAGUAUUCUCUCUUUCUCUCUCUCUGUAUCACGGCUUUUGGUGUUAUCAUGUACUUUAGAAUUUAAAUCAAUUCAAACGGAUGAUUUUUGAUCUUAUAAAUGCAAUUAAUGUUUUUCAAGUCAAUU